AUGGCUGGCGUGCGCUGCAAGACCUGUGGCAAAUGGGGGAGGGAUCGCUGGAUGUGCCCUUCCAAGCAGUGCACAAGCAAGCAGCCCAAGAAGCAGAAGCCAGAGAACCCGAAGUUGACGACAUCGCAAGAAGACAGACGACUAGAGUUGCAGGUCGAGCUUGCCAGGGUCCAGUUGUUGCAAGCAGACUUGGAGGUUCGCAAGAAGAAGGAACGUGCUGAGAAGAAACGGAAGAAGAAGAAUGAGGAACGCGAGCAAAAUGCACGUUGGUAUCGAAAUUCGCCUUGGCAUGGGAAGGCCUGGUGGUUUCGCUCGCAACAAGAACAACGGGUGGUGUCCGAAUCAAAGAGCUAUCCGAUUGACGACGAGUUUGACGCACAGGGGGACGGAUGGCUCCGUGCGUGCAAUGAUGGCAUGAGCUGA